GCGCUGUUUGGACGUAUGAUCUUUGAGGAUAUGGAGGUGGAUCUGCAGCCAGACACCAGGAUAACAACACAGCAGAGAUCAUUAAUUUGAGCACCGGGACUAACAGGCAUUUAACGUGUGCGCCGAAGACUGUGAUUAACCUUAGUGUUUCCUGGCACACCACAAGAGACACAAGUAAAUCCUCAUCUAACACUGUGACUUGUUUUGGAAGAAGACCUGAGGUGGAGCUCUACUGGUAGCGUACUGGUUUUAGCUAACAGGCUAAUAACAUGCAGCUUUAGUGCCUGAAUUUGCACGAAAACAAGACUUGGGAUAUAUCGACCUGGAAUUUGCCCGGACUGCCGCUUUUCUAACCACUGAUACACCUGCAGUUGUGGUCAUGCUAGCCUUUUCUUUUGCACACAUAGCGGGUUAGCUAGCUUGCUAGCUUUGACACACCGACAUAUUGGCGAAGCUGAUAGCCGAACCUAGAGAGUCGUCGGUCCGCCUCAGCACGAAACGCCAUGCCGAGGAUUGACAUUGGCCUGUUGGUACACCUACCGCAAGCCAGCUAACGCUAGCUGGAUAAAACACAGCCGAUUCAGGUGGUCAUUAUUAUUCCCCAGUUAGCUAUUUAUGCCACUAUCAAAACCGACAGGAGCAUUUAACACCCAUUCUGCACGGUGCUUCCAGUUUAUGUGCCCAACGGCAGCUUAAGCUAACACCGGCUAACUUGCUAAUUAGCCAGCUGGUUCGUCCGACAGUACAGGAAAGCCUUCGUUAGCUUGUGGUUUAGUUGUUUACAGUCGCUAACAUAUACAUGUCUGCUAGUUACAGUUAGCUUGGAAGCGUGAAUGAUAUGGAAUAAGCCCUUUUGCUGAUUUUAACUUGAGGUACGUCUGCGUUAGCUAGCCAAAUACACGAUAAAUACAACCACAAACAUUAUCAAAGUCACUUUGGCAUCGAUGGUUGAUGUUUUACAUUAUCUAUGCAAGUAUAUAUGAGAGAAACUAGUGAUUCAGUCAAUAUUCAACCUAUACGGGACUUAAUAGGUUGUUGUAGUGAAAUGCACAUAUCAUAAAUCUGUUAGGUUUGUUUUAACUCCUUGAAAGAGGUCAUACAUUAUCACUGUGCUGUUUUCCGGACGUCAGUUAUGCAUGAUCGAGUAUUUGCUUUGAACGUCUCCCCAGUGCAGCCUUUCACAGACACUAAAAGGCAUGGGAGAUGACCUGGAGCAGACAUAUCAGCCAUUCAUUCAUGAUUGAUGAUCUUUGAGGAAACACGCUGUACUGAUCUAGUUUCUACUGCAUCGAGCUCCUAGCAGCCUUUGUUUUAACCACUCGUUUAGAAACAGACACAUGUAACCUUGAGUGUUAGUUUUAGCAGCACUUUGUUUAAUUGUUCUACUGAUGCCAAACUGGAACCACUGAGGUGGGUGGGAACAUGAGGGCUACACUCUGUGAUCAGCUUCCAAGGAGCUGAUGCACAUAAGCUCGAAGAUCUGAUCAAACAGAGCCCCAUUGUGUGGACUGAAAACUAAAGAGGAAAGAGACGACAAUGAUGAUGAUAACAGCAGCCCAUUGACAAAGUUGAGCCCGCACCAGGAAGCAGAGGAGUGUUAAAAGGCUGCAGACAUGAGCCUCCGCCAACCCACCUCUACCCUGGACAGCAGGGCAACCAAUAAGAAAAACACCCACUUGUUAAGCCCUUUUGCUGCUUGGCUCAGCAGUCUGACCAUCGGGGACUCAGAGCGCAAAGCCUCUGCCGGCCCACAGAGGGAGCCAAUGACCGACAUCCCUGCUGAGAGUACAGGUCCUGGUCUUGUUCAGAGAUGUGUAGUUGUGCAGAAGGACCAGCUUGGUUUUGGCUUCACUGUUUGUGGAGAAAGAGUCAAGCUUGUGCAGAAUGUCCGACCAGGUGGUGCAGCGGUCAAGGCUGGGGUCCAAGAAGGGGACCGAAUCAUAAAGGUUAAUGGCUCGCUGGUGUCCUCCAUGUCCCAUCAGGAGGUCGUGAAGCUCAUCAAAUCUGGAACAUAUGUAGCUCUGACACUACAAGGUCCACCUCCUUCAGCUGCCUCUUUACCCUUAGAGCCCCUCCCCACUGACCUCACACCCAAUCAAAGGACGUCUCUGGGUGGGCAGGCUCCACCCCCUCCACCUCCACCUCUGCCCUCAGGACUUAGUAGCACCCCUUCCCAAAGAAUCACAGGACCCAAACCCCUACAGGACCCAGAAGUUCAAAAACAUGCCACUGAGAUACUCAGGAAAAUGCUGGAACAGGAGGAGGCUGAACUGCAGGAUCUAUUGGAGGAGCAGUUGAGGAACCCGUCUCCAUCACUGGGGGAGCGGAUUGAAAGUGCCAAGAGGAGAGCUCACCAAGUCCGGGUCAAGAUUCAGCAAGAUCAGGAGGGAAUGCGAUCAGAAUCAGUCUCCAGCUACGUCAUAGCAGGAGAAGGUCGACUAUCACUGGACUCGGGUGAAGGAGACAUGGAGGCCUUUGAGAGUCCCCGAUCCUCCCCCUCAUCCUCCUUCAGGACCCCUCAACACCAACGCCAGAGCUCCGACACACACCCCUUGUCUGAUUUGGGCGGAAAGGCACAAAUCAUUGGCCCUGAGGAAGAGGAUGAAGAAGAUGAUGGCUAUGCAUUUAAUGAGAUGGACGGACCGUUCCAGGACAUCGAAUUGUUGAAAUCACGGCCGGCGCACAUGACGGUGUUCAUGAGAUACGUGUUCACUCAACUUCUGGAUCCAAACCCUCUGCUGUUUUAUCUGUCAGUCGAGGCUUAUCUGGGCUCCAGUCCAAAAGACGCCCGCGCACUUGCACCACAGAUCUGCUCCCAUUUCUUGGACCCUGAUGCUCCUCUGAAAAUCAAAGUUCGGGAGGAGUAUCUCACAGAUAUAGAAAGUCGUCUCCAUGCCCAGGAGGACAUCAGAGGGCCUCUGUCUGAGCUGCAACAGCAAGUGUUACCGGACAUCCAGGACCAGAUCCAGGACUACAGGAACAAGCAGAUGAUGGGCCUGGGCUCUCUGUUUGGAGAAGGAGAUCUGCAGCAUCUGGACGGAGACCCAGCGAAGGAGAGGCAGGUGGUUGACAGACAGGUCACCGCUCUCUGGGAGAUACUGUCAAAGCACGAAGAGGACAGAAGUUCUCCCCUGGCGUCGGCCGUGCUCCUUUACCUGCGACACUCCGGGAUCAAACUGAGAGACUCCAAAGUCUUCCCCGGUCUGAGCACAGAGAAGGAGAAGUGGCUCGCUUUCUUAAAGACCAAAAAGUUGAGUGGAGCCAAGAAGGAGAAAGAUGGAGAGGAUAAAAAGAGAAAUCCCAUCCUGAAGUACAUCGGCAAACCCCGGACCACAUCCCAGUCCACAUUCCAUGUCCCGUUGUCACCCACCGAAGUCCGUCCUGGCAGCGUGAGAAACAUCAUCCAGCAGUUUGAGAACCACACAGAGACGACAGGCGAGGAGGGAGGGGACGCCGCCGACCCCCAGAGACUGUCCACCAGCAGCCUGGGAGAAGACAGCAUGGACAGCCCGACAAUCUCGGUGCGUCUGGGGCGCAGCGAGUCAUUGAAGGCUCAUGGUGAAGGGCGUCGGCGGGGCGCGGCUUCAGGAGCCGAGUCGGUUCCCCGCUCUCGUAGCGACGUCGACAUGGAGGAUUGUGGGGAGGAGAGGGAGGGGCCGGGCCUCCGGCCACUGCAGCACAGCACCUCAUCAUCCGCAUCCAGCAGCUCCGCACGGUCUCUAGAGAACCCUACACCCCCAUACACCCCUCGGUCCAGACGCAGGAGCAUGGAUUCACCGCUCGCCCUGCUGCCGGACGCCGUGGGCCUGGAGGAGGAAGUGUGUGACGGUCAGAACUGGCAAGAGACGGUGCCUCCUCAGCUCCUCGCCACGCUCAGUCCCAAGGAGGUGGACAGACAGGCCGUCAUAUACGAGCUGUUCACUACUGAGGUGUCCCAUCUCAGGACCUUAAGAGUCCUGGACCAGGUUUUCUUCCAGAAGAUGAGGUCUGUGCUAAACUCUGAUGAACUAGCCUGCAUCUUCCCCAACCUGCCCCAGGUCUACGAACUUCACGCAAGUCUGUGUGAAGCCAUGAAGAAGCGAAGAGACACCCCCAUCGUCCAGAACAUCGGAGACGUUAUGUUGUCCAGGUUUGAAGGUGCUGCUGGAGAUGAGUUUCAGGAACAAGCGUCUCAACUAUGCAGCCAGCAGUCCCAGGCUCUGGAGCUGAUUAAGAACAAGCAACGGAAAGACCCUCGCUUUGCUCAUAUCAUUCAGGAGUGUGAGGCCAGUCCUCACUGUCGGAGGCUUCAGCUCAAAGACCUGCUGGUGUCUGAGAUGCAGAGGCUCACCAAGUACCCUCUACUGCUGGACAACAUCAUCAAAUACACCGAUGCUGGAUCCUCAGACCUUCCGUCACUCCAGCGUGCUCAGACUUGUUGCCGAGGGAUACUGCAGGUUGUCAACGAGGUCGUUGGGGAGAUGGAACAGCGGCAGCGGCUCAGUCAAUACCAACGCAGGCUGGAUGCCGCGCCUCAGUUCAAAAGUCUGGACCUGACCACAAAAAGAAUGAUUCACGAAGGUCCCCUCACCUGGAAAGUCAGCAAAGAUAAGCAGAUCGAGAUCCAGGCGUUGCUGCUGUCCGACUGCCUGGUGCUGCUCCAGCGAGGCCCAGACGACCGGCUGCAGCUCCGGUACCCGUCCCGCUGGCUGAGUGGAGGUGGAGGGGGCAGUGGAGACAGCAAGACCUCCUUCAGUCCACUGGUCAAGCUGGACUCGCUCCUGGUCCGCUCAGUGGCCACAGACAACAAAGCUCUGUAUGUGAUCAGCGCCACAGAGCGGCAGAUCUAUGAACUGGUGGCUGGGACGUCGAAGGAGAAAAACAUCUGGAAAGAUUUCCUUGAGAAGACCAUCACCAGCUCUUCACUGGUCACCAACCAUGGGUCCAUGCCACUUUCUACUCCCAGUCUAGGCAGCGCAUCUCCAGUUUCAACCAACAGCCUUCGUGUCUAUGGAGACAACUCUAUGACAGAGCAGCCUGAUUCCACAGAGACCCACUCCACCACUGACAUGGUGCUGUCAUCCGACGCAAGUACAGACCAAUCAGGAGCUUUCUUCUGUGGCGACAGACCAGGAACCGGUGUGGCUGAGGCCGCGUUACAAGACGUUGAAACACUACGGCAGCUCAUAUUGCGAGACCUGGAAGAGGACAGAUGGAGCCACGAUUCAGACGACACGCCCACCAACGACACGGCCAAUGACAGGGGCUCGUUCACAGAGAAACGGCGGCCGGAGUCUAUGGAGACCGUACUCAACUUCAGCACCAACGAAGAAGAGGCAGACCAGGACGAGGCGCCGCUUUCAGAGUCUGAACAGAGGAGCGUUCAGGUUGUGAGGAAAGCUGUGGUUGCGGGUUCUUUCUCUUCUUCUGUCCCUGACGACAUCACUGAUGUCGCCCUCCCCUCCGACAAGUCAUCCGAGCCAAGGAGCGAGGCCGCUGCGCAGGGGAACACGUUCUACUUGGUAAUGCCGACAGAGCAGGGUGAGAGCGUCACUGACGACCUUACGGACCCUCCCACACCCACCGCCACUCAUUUCCCUCAGGAUCUGGACAGAUUAAUGUCCCCGGAGAUGCAACUACAGGACAAAACAACCGUCUGCAGCCCUGAGACCAGCCAAUCAGAAGCUGUGCACCCGGAGCAGGAGGAAGAAACUGGUCACAUGCAGACUGGCCAUCAGAGUCACGUGAUCAAAAACGUGGAUGAGAUUUUCCACACAAUCGAGGGGUUGAUGAGCAAGUUACGUCGAUUAAGGGAAAUGGAGACGGAUCAUCACAAGCUUCUGAAAACCCUCAGAGAACCCGCUGUCAGUCAGGAAUCAGAAGACCAUCAGUGCCACUCGGCAACCGUCUCCAGGACGCCGUCUCUGGAUCGUGGCUCAGGAGAUGGCAAAGAGGGAAGUCCAGCAGAACCCAAAAUCCAGUCGACUGGAUUCUGAGUGGAUCUACAGCGGGUUACAUCCUCUUGACUGUUGGCAUACAGAUGCACAUGAACCCCCUCCCCACCCUACUGUCAGACUCGGACCCCUCUCCCCCCUCCCCGCAUGCACCAGCCACUGGAGCAGAACCCAGGAGGGACCCUGCAGCUGGUUUUUGUUUCUAUUUCUCUGGGAUACCAUGACGCUGGGUGGACUUGACUGGACUUUUGUCCUCUAAUAAGGGCAAGAGGAAAUCCAGCAGGAAAAUAAAGGAAAAAGUAUGAAGGAACAAAAAAAAAAAAUGGCUGAAGACAAGUAAAACGUAGGCUCAUGAAGAGAACGAAUCAAAUGGGGGAAAUAAUGACCAAGUUGGAUUGUUUUGUGAAGGAAAAUGUAUUGUUUUGAAGAGCUGGUUGAAGGAACGGAACAGAAAAGUGUUAAAAUGUUAAUUUAAAAAAAGGAAAUAUCUGAGGGACCCACUACCCCGGCACUUUACCCACAAUGCAUCCCUCUCUCAUGCAUAUGUACGUCCACAGAUCAGGGACUGGAAACGCCACUGGUUGCUUUACACUGAGUUCACCUGCCGCCUCGGCCGAAGGACUGUGUCUAUUUAAUUCAGGUUAUUUGCACUGGGUUCGUCGGUAAGGAAACCAAUUAUCACACACAACCAUCAUUUAACCACUUCAUCCAUUUCCAACCCUGAGGGAGAAACAUGAGAGGUAACACUGCAGCCACACUUGCAUAUCUCUGAGUUUUCUUUUAAGCUACAGGUCAUCCACGUACCGACUCAUUCAUACAAGUCACUGAUUGUUGUUCUUUUUUUGAGUUCUGCAAACACUACUGCGCUGUUUACUACUGAAAUGCUGGCGGGUUUUCUUUUACACAGAUCUCAGUGAUAUAAUACAAGCUCAGCGGACACAUUACAGCUGUUUUCAUAGCGUCACGUUUAAGUUAAGGUUUGCAGGUAGUGGAGGUUUUCAGAGCGAGAAAGGUUGAUAAGGACUGUGGGAAAACAAAGACGGGUUCAAACUUGAAUUUUCAGUGCUGCCAAAAAAAAAAAAAAAAAAACGCUGACAUUACCCGUCUACAUUUUAACUUCCUUUUAGCCCGCUCUACUUUGUACGUUUUGCAUUUGUACGAACCACGGUAGAUACUGUGAACCAGCAACCUCUGGCUCAGCGCCACGAUGGGACUGCGCUCUUUACCAAGUAGCUUUCCACUAAAAACUUGUAUUUUUUGGGAGAACACCUAAAGUUUGUUUAAAACGUAUUAAACAAACUCCAGUAUACACUACACACAUAAGCCAAGUCAGUUAUCCUUUUGUUUGUAGCUGUUCAAGAGUUUGAUGAAGAAAAACUUGGUUUAAAGGAAUAGUUUAACAUUUUGGAAACACAUUCUGUUCAUUGACUUCCACUAUGUUUAAUCCUACUCUCAUAUUUAUGCCGUAAAUAGUUACAUUACUAAACAGCCUAUGUCUGAACAUAAUAAAUGUAUCUACCAGCACCUCUAAAGCUGACGCCUGAUGACAGUAGAGAGACGACGUCCCGCCCCUUCCUGUAUGAACAGAGGUCAGUGUUUUUAAUCCUGUAUAAACUCAAACUGAACCACCAUUUAUACUUGUCCAUUUAAAGAUAAUUUUAUGAGAAGCAAGUCAAUUUGUGGCAAAGAUAGUAAAAAAAAAAACAUCUAGUUUUAUGUUAAUCAGCUGAAUGGACUGCAUCUCUUGACACAUAUGAUACACGAGCCUGGCCAGACAUCUGGUUUUCUCAGUGUAUUCAAUACCGGAAUGGGGCUAAUCGCUGUGAAAUAUGCAUAAUCUAUUCUAUACAGACCAAUCGCAAGUCUGAGGGACGGGUGUUUCGCAAUAUGUCAUAAGCACCAAUUUCUUUUUGUCACGAGUCAAAGUCAGUUCUAAAUCUGCAAAUCUCUUUACAAGUGUUGUUGGUUGUUUACUUGAUUCAAAAAUAAGGACUGAAUUACAGAUUACUCCGUGUUCUCAAAUUUCUCUGACAAAAGCGUCACGUUUAUCUCAACUGUGAUUGGUUUCGUCUGUGCCUGUUAGUCCCGCCUUCAUAUUCGGAUUCAAACCCCACGAUUCCAGUCGGAUUUCUCAUGCUGGCCAGGCUACUGAUCCACAUCAUUACACCAAAACAGCUGCUGCUUUGGCACUUUUACCUUAAUCUUUGAGGGCGUAGUGAAAAAGUAUUAAAAGUCGUGGAAAUCACUACAAGUCCGGUCAUGUUGAAGCUGCAGAGACGAGCUCAGCAGCUUUGAACAGAUCAUGGAGAGAAAAUUAGAAUGAACGUUCUACUUUAGUGUCUAGUGUUUCUAUUUACAUAUAGUCGCAGUCUGACAGUAAAACAGUUUUGCAACAAAAACAAUGCAAGACUGAAACAAUUUUACAAAUCAACAAACGUAUGUGUAAAUAAUGGUGUAAUUCCAACAGGAUCAAAAAAUUCUUUCACCAUGACUAUUGUUGGAUGCAUUUUUUUUUUUCCUGAAAUGGUCCAUGAGCCUCAGCUGGAGGGGGUGGGGCUUCAGCUCUAUAACAGAACUAUUUACUGUAUCAUGAGAGUAGUACGAGGCAGAGCUGCGAUGCCCAAUGCGACUAACUGGUCAUGUUGGGCUUUGGGAAACACUGACAUUUUUCAGUAUUUUACAGAUUCAACAACUAACUGCUGAUUGAGAAAAGGACGGUGAAAUAAGAAUUUGGCUUAUUUAUUAUCUUCUGUUUUCUUUCUUCAGCUUUGACAGGAACUGAAUAUCUUUGGUUUCUGGACCAAACAGGACAUUCGAGGCCGUCAGUUCGUCUUCGUGAAACACCGACCGACAUGUUACAGACCAAACUAUGAAUCCAGUCGCAGCUCCAUGUUAUUUUUUAAAAUGUUAAACUGUUCCUGUCACUAUUUUGGGAUGCUGUGUAGGGUUAACUGAAUACCCGUCGUGUUCAGAAACAUGUUUGUUCGCCUUAGUUGAGGCACAUGUAACCAGCAAAGACUAACACUAACGCCAAGUGUUUCCUUUUUUUUUGUUCCCAAAGUGCAUCUGUCAGAUUUAUUUUUGAUACACACUAAACAGACUCUUUGUGUACGUUUGCUGGGCAGAAUCACACAGGACUGAGUUUAUUUGAACUGGUUUCAAAUUCUAACCGAGGAGCGCUUUAAUAAACCAGAGUCUCUCACAGCUGACCGAUACUAAACAACCAAACCUGGAGCCAAGGACAUUUUCACACUGAGGCAGCCCUUAAAUAGACGUUUCACUGCUGGUGGAAGGUUUUCACUCUUUAGCAAAGGCCAGGAGUCAGAUAUGGAAGGGAAAAAAAAAAAAAAGAAAGACAGCAGGUUAAGAGCAGCGAUUGCCAGAGCGACUGUGUAUGAACUUGCAGAGGUAUUUGUGCUAAACUGUCAAAAUGUUCUACCAAAGUGAAUCUCUUCAGCGAUACUGAAGGGAACACAUCUUUUCUUCUUUUUCUUCUUUACAUUUGGCUGCUGAGUAUCAGGCACCUCAGACCUGGAGGCUGAACUUUUGUUUGUGGAAAGAUGCAUCUCCAUCAUCUCAUGCAAUAUCAAAGUAUUUGUCGCCGUGUGUCGGUCUGAGCUGCUCGAUUCCAAAUCUCAUUUCCAUUCAUCUUCUCAUCUUUCCUCCCUCUUCAACUCCAGCAUCUCCAAUUUCUACCUCUACGCUUCAGUUUCUUUUUAUCUUUUUUUUCCAUACAUUUAUCUCGUACACUAACAUCAGCGUUGUGGCCCUAACAGGCUGUAAAGAAGCUAUAAUUGAUUCCCUUUUUUUUUUUUUUUUAAGAAAAAGAAAAAAAAGAUGUUGCACAAACAAAACUUCCCUGCACGGUGCAAACUACUGUAUGCAUACACGUUUAACUAUCAUCUCAUUGUCUAUUUGUGUGUUUUUAAACAACAAAUCUUGUUCACUCAUGUAAUAUAGAGAGAUCAGACCCACUUGUUUUUUAUAUAUGUUAUUUUUUUCUGUAAAGCCUUAGUCCUCGUAUUUGAUUUUAUUUUUGUAGAUAUGAUUAAAAAAAAAAAGGAUGUAUAAAUUAUUUUCUUCUCCCUUGUUUUUAAAAUUGGUGAGAUUGUUAGCUGCACAGAAAGAAAAAGAACUCAUGUCUCAGAUUCAUGUGUUUUGUGAGAUUAAAAACAAACUGGAUAAAGAGA